GCUCUCCCGCUGCUCCGGCUGCUCUGGUCAUACAGCUCCGGGCGGCCGCGCAGGAGCUGACUGGCGGAGGGGAGGUUGUUGCCGGGUGAACUGUCAGCCUCGGCGACCCUGCACGGAACACCGCCGGGGAAGGCACCGAGGAGGACCGGCUGCAGCAGGUACCCAAGGAUUGAGCGGUGACUAAAGACAUGGACUGUACAGCACCUCAGAAGAAAGGACUAUUUUUGAUAAAGAUGUUGUGGUUAAUCCUGACAUGCUUGGUUUCCAGAACCCUUUCAGAAGUUGGAGAUUGCAAGGAGCAGGAAUACUUUGAUAACACUGGGAACUGUCGACCCUGCAGGCAGUGUGGCCCGGGCAAAGAGCUAUCGAAGGAAUGCGGUUUUGGGUAUGGGGAGGAUGCCCAGUGUUUACCUUGUCGGCCUAAUAGGUUUAAGGAAGACUGGGGUUUCCAGAAAUGCAAAACUUGCUUGGACUGUGCAUCGGUCAACCGCUACCAGAAAGCCAACUGCUCUGCCAAUGGGAAUGCCGUAUGUGGAGAAUGUUUACCAGGGUUUUAUAGGAAGACAAAGCUUGGGGGAUUUCAAGACAUGGAAUGCGUUCCCUGUGGGGAUCCCCCACCUACAUAUGAGCCUCAGUGCAGCAAAGUAAACCUUGUGAAGAUUACGGCUACCGCAUCGAGCCCCCGGGACACCGCUCUGGCUGCCGUUAUAUGUAGUGCCUUGUCCACCGUGCUCUUAGCUCUGCUUAUCCUCUCUGUUAUCUACUGCAAGAGGCAGUUCAUGGAGAAGAAGCCAACAUGGUCCAGCCGUUCUCAAGAAGUGCAGUACAGGGGGUCAGAGCUAUUGUGCUUCGACAGACCACAAGUUACUGAGCACCCGCAAAGGACAUACUGCCGCUGUCAGCAAGAGCCGCCACAGGCUUGUGGCCCUGUUCACUUGAUCCCCUCAUUGUGCUGUGAGGAGACGUACAGCAUUGAUCAUGGCUGUAUAUUCCCAUCACACGGAACCCUGUACGAUGGGAACACCGAUCCCGUGGCGGACAUGAUUCCAGCAUUUCUUGGACCCACUUCACACCCGGCCUGCAGAGAGCUUGCAGAAACUUGGCCUCUUAUGCAAACACCUCCUGGCAGUGAUAGCUCUCCUGUCUGUGAGCCAUAUCCGGAGCCAAUAGGAGGGGGUGCAGACACUUUGAACAGAGAUACGGAGGAGCCAAGUAUUGUACACACAAAUAGUGUGCAGAGUAUCAGUGCGGAGAUGGAGUCUUCAAGACAUCUUCAUUUAUUAAAGCUGGAUGCAUGUCAAGGAGCUGAGGGAAACCAGUGUGAAGAGGAGCGCACGUCACGUGUCCAAGACGAGAAUGAGGAAUGCUGAGUGAGAUCUACUUCAAGAUCCAGAGGUCUGUUUCUAGAUCAGUCAACCUGAACAUCUGCUCAAUCCAUCCCUUGGAGAUCAACUUCUAGACCUACCAUCUGGAAAUCCACAUCUAGGACGGCUCCUUGGAGAUCUACUUCUAGACCUACCAUCUGGAAAUCCACAUCUAAGAAGGCUCCUCGGAGAUCUACUUCUAGACCUACCAUCUGGAAAUCCACAUCUAGGACGGCUCCUUGGAGAUCUACUUCUAGACCUACCAUCUGGAAAUUCACGUCUAGGAUGGCUCCUUGGAGAUCUACUUCUAGACCUACCAUCUGGAAAUCCACGUCUAGGACGGCUCCAUGGAGAUCUACUUUUUGAUUUGCCACCUGGAGAUCUGUUUCUGGAUUUGCCACUUGUAGAUCUAUGUCUUGAUCUGCCUUAAGAACAUGUCUCCAUGUUUUCUUCGAUUGAACUUGAUGUAGGACCAGUUUCUCAUCCUUAGAAUGUCUUAAGGUAUCAGUGUGGACAAGAGGAUGCAUAGGUCACGGGAUGGAAUUUAGCAUGUUGAUAGAAUGGAACUACUCGAGGAAUCUGACUGGAGAAGUUCAGAGCAGGACGUAAAUGAACCAUGAAGCAGAAUAUAAAUGUGAUUUUUCCUUAUUUAUGGGAUGAUCUUCGUAGACGUGUAUAGAUCAUCUUCAUCAGACUGAAAAAAUAUUUGAGGCACGGGUCUAUGGGUUUGCAGGGUGCAAUGAAAUGAGUAUUGUAUGAGGUCUGCACAUUCCAACUCUACCCGACCUCCUGGAUACAUUGACUGCCAUGUCCUGGUACAUCUUGUCUGGUGGAGCCACAGUCACCUAUGUAUUGUACAUUUGACUUUUGUAGAUGUAAUGCACUUAUACUGAACCCUUCUCCAAGCCCUUAUGCUGAGAAACACCUAUUUAAAUGAUCGCAUGUGGACAUGAGACGCCACCACACGUAUUGCCUAUAAGCACUAUUUCUGUGAUGUAUGUACAUUUUUAUAUGAAAUGUUGUAUUGUAUGAUAGGUCAUUAUGUAUUUUUUUAUUUUUUAAAGAAUAUUGGCUUUUACUUACAAUGUUUUGCUAUUUAAAUUUGUAGAUAAUUGUUUAUGCCAUUUGUUGUGUCUCCACUAUGGUUAGCACAUGGUCCAUUAUUUCUGCCUGAUGUAACCCUUGAGUAGGCCUUGUUGGGGACCAAUACUGAGUGAAUCUCGUAGUCCUUGUUGGGGACCAGUACUGAGUGAUUCUCAUAAUCACUCUAAUAUUACAUGUAAUGGGAAUGUCAGCUAAUCCCAUCAUUUUCAGUGGGGCCGGCUGACUAUCUAAUAUGUGGGGGGUCUUGACCCAGAAAUGUCCAAAAGGAAGAAACAUUUUGAAUAUUAAUGUCCAAUCCUUCUUGUUCUGAGAGACAUUGGCCAUUGGUGCUUACGCCUCUCUUUAACCAUUGAGAUAACACGCAGUCAACAAAACCAGGUAAGCUGGGGACGGGAGGUGUAUAACUGGCUUAAGAACCGUUACACAUCACCUAUAGAGCCAACAUACACUGGCACAAAAUGACUAUUGAAGAGCGGCAAACGGAUAUGUAUUAAGGACUCGUUUUAGGGACCAUUUACACCUACUUUUGCCAACACUUCACAGGUACGUUGACCGGCUAUAAAAAUGUUGGCUGGCAUACUCCUGGCGGUUGUGUUGACUUUAGAUGACCAAAAAUAGUCUAAUAGUGACUACAUUUGGUCCAUGUCUCAAUCUCAUACUUUGUCUGUGCGAGACUCCAAAGUGCAGCAGACUACACUUAAAGGAGUACUGCAUUGUUAUACACUUAUCCGCCCACAGGAUAGUGGAUAAGUG